AGAUCUGCUCUCACCAUGACCCAGAGGAUGGUGGUGAUGUACAUGGAGAUCGGCUGCCUGGUGUCCUGUCUGUGCGGCUGGAUCCUGGUGUGCUCCACGCUCCCGACCGAGUACUGGACUUUCUCGGAGGUGGGCAGCAUCGUGUUGACCACCUCCAACUACUACUCCAACCUGUGGAAGGACUGUAUCUCCGACACCACGGGGGUCUCCGACUGCAAGGACUACCCCUCCAUGCUGGGCCUGCCGGUGUACCUUCACGGCUGCAGAGCGCUGGCCGUGUGCGCCGUCAUCACGGGAUUCUUCGGAAGCGUCCUCACGCUCGUCGGGAUGAAAUGUACUAAAAUAGGCGGCUCGGAGCUCGCCAACGCCAGGGUGACGUUCGCAGGCGGGAUAACCUACCUGGUUUCAGGAUGCUGUGCUUUGAUCACGUACUCGUGGUGGGCCAACAAAGUCGUACGAGAGUAUUUGGAUCCACAUUUCAGGGCACAGAAAUUUGAACUUGGAGCCGCGCUCUUCGUUGGCUGGGGAGGCUCCGUCCUUCUGCUCUCGGGGGGGACGGUGCAGAGCUACUUCUCUGGAAAAGAAGGUCUACCGUCACCAAGUUCCCCGGAAAGGCCUCGGAGACCAGCCACUUACGCCACGGCGCGGACCCGACGGACCUACAUGCUGCCGGCCUCGUCAUCCAGAGUGACUCUGGUGCCGCCACUGUUCUACGAGGGCCGGAAGAGCCGAGAGUCCCGAGCCACGACGAAGGCCGGCCGGACCUUCAGCAGGGACAGCUUCGUCUGAGCUUUACAGAGACUUUAAAGGAAUCGUUUCACAUUUUGGGUAAUAGGCUAACUGCUUACUAGUUUCAUGCUGAGCUAAGCUAUCAGGCGGCCUCAUAUUUAGACUCAAGAAGUGAAUAAGUACAUUUUCCCCAAAAUGUCAAAGUUUUCCUUUAUUAAGUGUUUACAUAUUUGAUUUGAUCUUUUUUGACAUCGUAUAUUAACCUCACGUUCCACUACAGCUGCUUUAGACGUGCCGAUGGCAGGAUAUUUUCCUGAACUUUUCCAGAAGGACUGUAUAUGAGAACGCAAAUGUUGCUCCGGACAUUUUACGGAAUUUUUACCACCAGCCCCCUUUCCGGAAAAUGUCUGAGUGAGAAAACAGAGGUCAGGUCUGAAAACAGCUAAUUUCAUCUCUUGAUGCUUUUUUCUUUACUUUUACAUUUUCCUCUUCUGAAUAUGACUCUUGGUUUUUCCUACGACGUGAUUAUUUUGUUAUGCUUUCAGAAGGUUUUGUAUAUUUAACGAUAAAAAAAGUCAAUUUUGUUCGUUUUGUUCCAGAACCUUUGUCUGCUUUUCUCUGCAACUGCACUUCUUCAGAAGAAAGAAAACCAUCAACUUAACAAAAGCUUAUUAUUAUAUCUGAAGAAAUUCCGAUUUUUUACAUUCGUUGUCUUAACGUCUGGAAAUGUUUCACGUAGCAACGCUCUUGCACAUUUUCCACAAAGAAGUCUUUUAUUGCUCGUAUAAAUAUUUUCAAGGAAGGGGACACAGGAAGACAUUAUAUAAAAAUAUCUGAUGUACAAAAUGUUACAGAAACUAAAACACUACCUCGUGUGGCUUUAACCGAAUAACACAAAACAGUGUAUGAAACAUGAACACAAAGUAUUGGCACGAGGCAGAAAGUGAAAAUCUAAAUGAACUUGUAAUCUCAUUUACUAGAAAUUCUUCUUUGAUAAAACCUGAAUCCCUUUG